CCGAAAACCAGCACCCUGCAACAUCAGUACCAACUCGGGGCUUCACACCAAAAUGCCUGUCUACAGCAUCCAACACUCCUACCCCCUUACGCAGUACCAAAAGUCGCUUUUGGCGCACAAGAUCACCGUGCUGCACAGCACCGAGUUCCUGACCCCGUCCCUCUUCGUCAACGUGCACUACAUCCCCGGCGAGCCGGCCAGCGAUUUCUUCCUGGCCGGCAAGCCCUACAAUGGCGGGCUCACGUCGCCGAACCGUAUUAUGGCGACUGUGCGGGUAGGGCCCAAGCGCACCAAGGAGAGAUUCGACGCUUUCGCCCUGCGGCUCCAGGACGCCUGGUACGAGGUCGUCAACGGGCCCAAGGAGGAGGGCGAGGCUAACGGCAGCGUCAACGGGCACGGCGAGAUCAGCAAGGAGGAAAGGCUCGCCAGGAAAUUGCACCUCUGUGGCUUUAGGCCGGUGAUUGGCGGGCUCGAGAACGGCGUCCUUCUUCCAAGUCCCGACAACGAAGGCACCUGGCUCAAGGACAACAUGGCCUUUUUCAAGGAGCAGGCCGAAGUCUACGACGACGAGCCGUUCCAGGGCCUCCUCAAGGAGUUGCAGGAGAGACCCGACUUGAGAAAGCUGGUCGAGUGAAAAGGGGGGCAACGAGUGGGAGAACGG